CUAACAGUUCAAAUUGAAAGUGUUAGAUGACCAAUAUUUUGCUAAUCAUAUCAGAUAUUUGCUUAAACAUAAAUAAAUGCUUUAAAUUAGAUAUUUAAAAUAAAUAAAUAAUCAAUUAGUUGAAGAUUGUCGUUGACGAGUCCAGUCCUCCUACUUUUAAAUACACGCAGGAAAGAAGCAAAUGACCGUCGUUCAUUUAUUUUCCGUUAUGAAGUUUCGUUAGCGACUGAACCACACGCGCAAUAUUCAAAUGAAACGGCCGAAUCUCUAUCGAUUACGCCGUCCGAUACGCUCAAUCGCCGCCGAAACUCGGGCCGGCGACGCCCCGAGAGAUCUACAAAACUCCGAUCGGACGCCGGUUUGCUCGUUCCCGGCGGUAAUCAUAAUCUCAUUUCCUCUCUCUCUCUCUCUCUACAUUGUUCGCUCGCAUUGCGUCUGUGUUGAUCAGAUUACGAAUACGAGAGUUGUAUUCGAUUCGAUGGAUGAUAGAGGAGGAGGCUCGUUCGUGGCCGUGAGGAGGAUUUCUCAAGGUCUGGAACGAGGAAACGUUUACCAUUCGUCUUCUUCAUCUGCUGAGGCUGUGGCUGGAUCGGCGGCGUGGUUAGGCCGUGGCCUCUCUUGUGUUUGUGUUCAGGGAAGAGAUGGCGCCUCUCGUCCUUCGUUAGAUCUUACGCCAGCUCAGGAGUGUUUGCAGAGGUUGCAGAGCCGCAUUGAUGUAGCUUAUGACACCUCAAUUACUCAGCAUCAGGAAGCUCUGAAGGGUCUUUGGAAACUUGUUUUUCCUGAAGAAGAGCUACACGGAAUUGUAUCUGAGCAGUGGAAGGAAAUGGGUUGGCAGGGGAAAGAUCCAUCUACAGAUUUUAGGGGUGGUGGUUUCAUAUCUCUUGAAAACUUGUUGUACUUCGCUAAGAGAUUCCCGAAAUCCUUCCAGGACCUUCUGCGGAAGCAGGUUGGGGAUCGUUCGGUGUGGGAAUACCCGUUUGCCGUUGCUGGCAUCAAUAUUACGUUCAUGCUUAUCCAGAUGCUUGGCCUUGAAGCAGUGAAACCACGAAGUAUUGUUGGCGAAACAUUUUUGAGAUUUCUUUCGGUGAAUGAAUCUGCGUUUGACAUUCUUUAUUGCAUUGCCUUCAAGCUAAUGGAUCAGCAAUGGCUCUCCAUGCGUGCUUCCUACAUGGAAUUUAACACGGUAAUGAAAUCGACAAGGAGGCAACUGGAGAGAGAGAUAAUGGUUGAAGACAUAACAUAUAUUGAAGAUAUGCCAUCAUACAGCCUCCUUCUCAGUCAAUAAAUAGUACCAAACAGCUUAUGAGAGAUGUAAGUAGAAAGAUCUAACAGUUAGACCUCAAGAAACUCUAUAUAAAGCCUAAAACAACAAACGGAACAAACAAGCAUAAAAAAAGGCAAGUCUCUAUCUUCACUUCUGGUAUUUCAUUUAUCAUAGUUAGUGAUGGACAGGUCUGUGAUUGUUUCUAACUUUGUGUGCUUUGUAAAAACGUUGUUAGUUCGUUUUUUUUUUGGCUAAUAAUCUCAAGGGCUCUCUGCUGAACAUCAAAUCUU